AUUGUUGGAUCAUGUCCAUGCAGUGCCUCUCUGGGGCAAUUCAGAAAACCCUCACUGGAACUAAAUUGGAAUAUGACAAAUUGAUACCAAUCAUCACAAAAGAAGACAAAUAUAUCAUGAACCCCAUUAGUGUUCAGGUAAUUUGUUUGGAAGACUACAUCCCUUAUGAGGUUGGAAACUUGUAG